AUCACUACAAGUACAAACCCUCUCUCUCAACAUGUUUCUCUAAAUUUGAAGUUUUGAAAACCAAUUUGGUGUCUGUCACACUGCUUUACUGCUCUGCCUUCUUCUGCUACCAUGGAAUCUUCCUUUUCUUUCCAUUUAAAAAACUACAUUUUCAGUGAAGUACAACACUGAAACUAUCAUAAAUCCUCCAUCAUUUCCCUUUAAAGUUUUUUCUCAAGUACAAAAUGGAAACUCAAAAGAUUCCAAUAGAUCAUGACACCUUGUUAUUAUCUGAUAUAUUCAAUGAAACUGAGUUUGGUUCAGAGGAUCUCUUUUCCAUUUUGGAAAACUUCAAUAAUUUUCCUCCCAUUUUCAUUGACCAUAACUCAAAAACAACAUCUUCAAGUGUUCCUCAAGAUUCUGAAACUGAGCUUGCUGAAACAUCACAAAAAUGCAAGAGACAGAAGAUUGUAGAGGAACAAAACAACGAUGGACAACAUCGUAUGUCGCAUAUCACGGUCGAACGCAAUCGAAGAAAGCAAAUGAAUGAGCAGUUAUCAAUUUUGAAGUCACUUAUGCCUUGCUUUUAUGUCAAAAGAGGAGAUCAAGCAUCAAUAGUUGAAAGUGUAAUUGAUUACAUCAACGAGUUACAUCAACUACUACAAUGCCUAGAAUCCAAGAAACAAAGAAAAGUUUACAAUGAAGUACCAAGUCCAAGACCUUUACCACCAAGUCCUAGAAUAAUCUUCCCAAUUAGUCCAAGAACUCCAUCCCAAUGGUUGCAACAAUGUGGUGGUUACCUUUCAUCUGAGCCAUCUCCAACUUCUUCAGCUUCUUCGAUCAACGACAACAUCAACGAACUUGUCGGAAAUUCAACGUCUUUGGUUGCUGAUGUUGAGGUUAAGUUUUGUGGUUCACAUGUGCUUUUGAAAACCGUUUCGUCACGAAUUCCGGGGCAGGCUCUUAGAAUAAUGUCUGUUCUUGAAGAUCUAAGGCUUGAGAUUGUUCAUGUUAGAGUUAAUACUGCUGAUGAAACCAUGCUAUACUUGUUUACUAUUAAGAUUGGAAUUGAAUGCCAACUCAGUGCUGAAGAACUUGCUCAACAAAUCCAGCAAACAUUUUAUUAAGAAAGGUUAUUACCAUCUAGAGACAAGAUCAAGAAUCAAUGAAUAUCUCUUUUCUUUUUAUGUCUCACAGUUUUUGUACGUUACUGCACAAUAGGGGGGGACCAAUAGCAUUUUUAAUUUAUUUUGUUUCUUAAAUUAAUUGACUAUAGUAAGUACUGCAAGUGUAAUUGAUCAUGAUGUGACUUAGUUUCGAAUUUUGUGUGAUUCUAUUGUAACAGAAUAUUGUCAAAUACAAGCUCAAGAUGAGUUUUUGUUUA